AUGUCUUUCCAGUCUAAGAUUCUGCGCACUGCCAACGCGCCCAACACUCCCCCCACGGAGAUUGAGCAGACCAUUGCUCAGGCGCUCCUCGACCUCCAGACCAACGUCGCCGACCUCAAGUCCGAGCUCACCCCUCUCCAGAUCUCGGCCGCCAAGGAGGUUGACGUCAAGGGCGGCAAGAAGGCCGUUGUCAUCUUCGUCCCCGUCCCCCAGGCCAAGGCCUUCCACAAGGUCCAGCAGCGCCUUACCCGCGAGCUCGAGAAGAAGCUCUCGGACAAGUUCAUUGUCUUCCUUGCCCAGCGUCGCGUCCUCCCCAAGGAGAAGCGCAACUCGAACGCCAAGCUCGGCCAGAAGCGCCCCCGCUCGCGCACCCUCACCGCCGUCCACGAGAAGAUGCUCGAGGACCUCGUCUUCCCCUCGGAGAUCGUUGGCAAGCGCACCCGCAUCGCCGCCGACGGCUCGAAGCUCAUCCGUGUCUACCUUGACGCCAAGGACCAGAACCAGCUCGAGUACAAGCUCGACACCUUCUCGUCGGUCUACCGCACCCUCGCCGGCAAGGACGUCGUCUUCGAGUUCCCCGUCCAGGCCGCCGAGUAG